AUGUCUCGUUCAUCAAUUGCAUGUUGUUUUUUUCGUUCAUAUCGUUUACGUUCUAUAUCUUUUAUUAAAUGUAUUCUAUGGCUUAUAAUACUUUAUCUAUUAAAUACAAUACUCGGUGUACAAUAUUAUUUAUGGUCAGAAAGAUCGUUUAAGAAUGAAUAUCAUUUAAGCAUGACACAAAUUGAUAUUACAAAACUUGAUGAAAAUAAUCCAGAAGAAAUUUUAGGUUUACCAAAGUAUAUUAUUUCAAAUAGAUUUAUUAUUAAUAAUGAAUAUUUAUGUAAUCAUGAAAAUUCAGUAACAAUUAUUCAACCACAUUUAUUGAUCUUAGUCAAAUCAGCAGUUGAGAAUUGGAAAGCAAGACAAGCUAUUCGAAUGACAUGGGCAAAGAAUGAUUUUUUAGAAAAAAAUAAUAUUAAGUUAGCUUUUGUUUUGGGUAUAAUUAGAUCACAAAAAUUUUCUUCAAAUGCAAAUGAACAGAAUCUCAGCGUAGAAAAAGAAUCAAAACAAUAUAAAGAUAUUAUUCAAAUUGAUCAAAUUGAUUUUUAUUAUCAUAACACAUAUAAAAUGGUAAUGAUGCUUCGUUGGAUAAAUGAAUAUUGUACAUCGAAAUCUCAUCAUUCUCCAUCUAAUGAUCUUCGAAAAUAUGUUUUAUUUGUUGAUGAUGAUUAUUUUAUUGAUUUAAAUUCUUUAUUAAAAUAUAUAAAUAAAAUUGAUAGAAAUUCUGAUAUGACACCAUAUGAAAGACGAACAUUUUUAACUGGUUAUGUAUAUGAAAGUUCUCGUCCACGUCGAUUUUUAAAUGGUCGUUGGUAUGUAUCAAUAGAUGAUUAUCCAUAUGAUUAUUAUCCGCCUUAUGCAACAGCUGGAUGUUUUUUAAUGACAAGAUCUAGUGCACGACUAUUUUAUAUAGCAUCAAAAUAUACUCAUUUAAUUCGUUUUGAUGAUGUUUAUAUGGGACUUGUAGCUUAUUCAAUGUCAAUUAAAUUAAUUCCAAAUAAUAAUUUAUUUUCAUCAUAUGCUUCAUCAAUGAUUUUACUUAAUAAUCAAAUAGGAUUUUUUUCAAAAUUUAAAAGAUUUUUUAUUAAUCAAAUCAAUUUAAAUUCAACAGACAAACCUUUUUGUAUUCAUGGAUAUCGUGGAGAAGAAUUAAUUCAAAUUUGGAAUGACAUCUAUCAAACUAAUCUAAUACUUCCAAUAAUUAAUUGA